CCAGUGCCCAUACUUUGUAUGGCAGAGGCUUUUAGUACCAUUCUUUAAAUUAGGCACAUAACUACAUAAUCAUGGUAAAGCAUUUAGUCCUCACCAGCCUCUAGCUUUAUCCUAAAACCCUGAAUGUCUUGCAGCUUUCUUAAAAUUCUAGCUUCUCUUAAAAAUAAUUUUCCUGAUCCUAAGAUUAUUUUAACUGGAAAUAAUAGAAGACAUCUCAAAUUUUAACUAUGAUCAGAAAUACAGAUUAUACAAACUUUGUUUGCUGUGCUUUUUGUAAUAAAAUAAUUCCACCAGCUCCUUUUGGAGAAACCUUCAAACGAAUCCAUGAUUACAAGCCGUUCAAGACACGCUUUUACACUCAUAAAGAUAUACUGGAUAUUGGGGCAGAUAUUCUGAAUAAAGAAGAGAGGUAUCAAGAGAUCUCAUUCAAAGAAAGGAUUGUAAAAGCAGAAGCUAAAGUAUGGAAUCAGGCUAAUGAACUCCAAAAACAAGCAGUGGAUAAAGUAUUUGAAGAUCUAACUGCCAAACAUAAAUUUGAAAUUCAGGUUCUGGAAGAGAAACAUCAGAAAGAUUUACAGGACAUGGAAGCUAAAACCAAGACAGAAAUGUUUCGAAACAUGAAUGACGAAAUGAAGAGAGAAAACAUGGCUGCAGAACAACGCAUGGUGCACAGAAUCCAAAGAAUUAUGAUGGAGUGCCACAGGGAGAAGAUGGAGGCUGUGGAGAAAGCCAGGGAAGAAGAAAGACGGAUUGCUCAGGAUCUUUUAGAAGCCCAAAGAAGCAAGGCCAUGGAUGAACUCCUGAAUACUGGUGCAUCCAUCAUUAAGGACCAGAGGAUGAACUUUAACCAGAUAAUAAAAGAAAAGGAACAUGAAAUGAACAUCUACUAUGGCAUAGCUCAGAAACAAAAGCAAGAAGAGGCGCAGGAAGUGCUUCAGGAAGCUGAGAAAACACACCAGGCCACUCUUGGUAAUGUGAUGGAUAAGCUGGUUAACACUCAGGAGGAGCUGCUGUCCAUAGUAAACCAACUGGGAAUCAUGACAAACUGGAAAGAUUUUCUGGAGGAGGAACUACAGGAAACCAGAGCAGCAUUUCAAAAAUAUAUUGAUUUUACGUUUCCCCAGCUUUCACCAGGACAAGCCGAUUUUAUUAUGCCAGAAAGAAGGAAAACACCUUCCAAUCUCCUUAUGGACAAUGAAGCAACUCUUGAAUAGAGGUCUUUAGCUGAAAUGUCUCCAUAUAAACAGCAUUCAAAAGGCUUAAUAAAUUUAUUUAAAACCACUAUUAA